AUGGUACCAGCACAAAAACAGAAAUACAAACCAACGGGACAAGAAAGCAAGCCCAGAGAACGGCAGUUAAUAAAGGCGACAGCCCGUGGCUUCACUACCUACCGCGAGGAGAUGAAUGUUCGCCGCCCCUCCUUCAAAAUGGACGCCUCGUUUCAUCACCACUCCGACAACCCUGCAUUUAAAUCGUGGCCUCUUCCAGAAGUGAUUCGGAGAUACCCACAGCUCUUGCCGACUGUCCGGGUGGCUGGUCCCCUUCGGAUGCUUGAACGCCCCCGAGAGGGCAGGCCUCUCACGCCUGUUGGCUGUCCUGCUAGGACGGCGGACACUCACUGGGCGACCUGUCUGGAGCCGGCUCUCGACUCAGCCAAGCAGAUAGCUUGUCGGGAUCUGCGGGCCGAGCUGGACUUUCUUCUCCUGCAGCUCCUCGGAGACCUGGAGCAACUGGAGGCGAAGCUGCAGGCGCUAAACGCCCGGGUGGAGGAGGGCUGGCUCUCGCUCUCCAAAGGGCGCUAUGCCAUGGGUGCCAAGUCAGUAGGGCCCCUGCAGUAUGCCUCCCACAUGGAGCCCCAGGUCCGCGUCUGCACCAGCGAGGCUCAGGACGGACUCCAGAAGUUCUGGAUGGUGAGAGCCGGCACCCAGACUCCAGAGGAGGUGGGGUCCCGCGAGGCAGCUCUGCGCAGGCGCAAGGGUCUGCUAAGGACCCCAGAGCCAGACUCCUCCCCAGCUCCCCAGAACCCUUUGAAAUGGUUUGGAAUCCUGGUUCCUCACAGUCUGCGACAAGCUCAAGCCAGGUUCCGGGAGGGUCUGCAGCUGGCAGCAGACAUGGUCAGUCUUCAGAGCCGCAUCAACUGGGGUCGAAGCCAGCUCAAGGAACUCCAGGAGAAACUCAAGCAGCUAGAACCCAGGGCUCCCUGACCUGUCCCCACAGAAGCAGAGCAGUGGGAACAGCUGUUCUUCGAUGUGGCUCCCUUAUCAGGCCUUCCUCCUUCACGGAUUGCCCGCCACCCCAACUAACUCCUGCUCCUUAAUACUCUGGUCUGCAUGUUUCCAACUUUGUUAGGUGGGGAAGUCUGAAGAGGCAAACUGCAUAAUGUUCAGAGUUACUACUGUGAAACCACUUGUAACUUACAUUGUUCCAGGACACAUCCAUGUGGAGCAGUCACAAAGUUGUAGGUUAGUUCACAUCAUUGAAUAAUAACAACCUCACGCAUCAAUUAGCUGUGGUUUUUCAUUACUGGAUGAAAUACUACACAGCAAGUGGCAGGGAAGGACAAGAAGUAGGUGCUUCAGUUUCUCUAGAUCCUUAAAACUGACUUUAAUGGAGGGGAAAAAACAUACAUAGCUACACAGAUCAGGACAGAAUGAUUCUGAACUGAUAGAAAAACACACAUACCUGAGUAGAUGCAGAAUGCUUAGCAGGUUUUAAGCCAGAAAGUAAAAGAGGAUCUGACCUAGAUUUUCAAGGGAACUCUUUCGAGACCAUUCAGGUUUUUAAAAAACUGUUUUUGCCUUUCAAGUGUGAAUCUUUUAAUUUGUUGAGGGGCCAGAAACUCUGUGUCCGGGCUUCAUUUUUCUAUGGGCUUGUUGAUAUUUUUAGCAGUUUCUAGGUGCUUAUGGGGGAUGUUAGUUUUUUGUUCAUAAUAUGAGGUGUAUUUUUCCCAGUUUUUGUGUUUUAACGUUACUUACUGUGGUGUUUUUUUAAGCUUUUUAUUGUAAAACACGUUACAUUAAACUGCACAGAACAGUUUAAAAAAAAAAAAAAAGAAUACUUUCCACCACCAUACACGAAAAUAAACUUGAAAUGGGUUAAAGACUCAAAUGUUAGCCUAGCAACUAUAAAACUCUUAGAGGAAAACACAGGUAGAACUGUUUUGACAUAAGAUCCUCCUUGACCCACCUCUUAAAGUAAGGGAAAUAAAAACAAAAAUAAACAAAUAGGACCUGCAUGAACGCUUGGUGGUGUCAGUGUGGCUGACUCUUUGUGACCUGAUGGGCUGUAGCCCACUAGAAUCCUCUGUCCGUGGGAUUCUCCAGGCAAGAAUGCUGGAGUGGGUUGCCAUUUCUUCCUCAAAUUGAUCUUCCUGACCCAGAGAUCGAACUCAUGACUCUUGCCAUCUCCUGCAGAUUCUUUUUUUUAAUAUAUAAAUUUAUUCAUUUUAAUUGGAGGCUAAUUACUUUACAAUAUUGUAGUGGUUUUGCCAAACACUGACAUGAAUCAGCCACGGGUGUACAUGUGUUCCCCAUCCUGAACCCCCCUCCCACCUCCGUCCCCAUCCUAUCCCUCUGGGUCAUCCCAACACUGAGUCACCAGAGAAGCUCCAAAUGGGACCUAAUUAAACUGUAAAGCUUUUGCAAGGCAAGGAAACAAUAUACAAGAUUAAAAAACAACCCUCGGAAUGGGAGAAAAUAUUUGCAAAUGAAGCAACUGACAAAGGAUUAUUCUCCAAACUGUAUAAGCAGCUCAUACACCUCAAUAUCAGAAAAACAAAUAGCCCAAUCAAAAAUAAGCAGAAGACCU